AUGGUAAAUUAUUUUAAUUUGCUCGAUGACGAAGAUGAAGAGGUUAAUGUUCCAUUAGAAAAAGAACAAGUUAAACAACAACAACCACAACCACAAACUUCAAUCUAUGUUCCACCACUUAGAACUAGCACAGAGGCCACAAAUAAAGCACCAGUUUCACAACAUAUUGAAAUUCAAUUUGAUUUUGAUUCAAAAAAUUUAGAAGAAACUUUACCAGAGAAAUGGAUUCUUUGGUAUGAUACCAAAAAAGCUAUAAAUACAACCACAACUGAAAGUGAUGGUGAAUAUCUUCAAAAUGUCGAAAAGGUUGGAACAUUUAAUACAUUAAAGGAACUUAAAAAUCUUUGGGACUCAUUAAAGACUCCAUUAGAGGUUAUUGGUAAUAUUAGUAUUUUUAAAGAAGGUAUUGAACCAGCUUGGGAAGAUUCAAAAAAUAAAGAUGGCGGUAAAAUUUCUGUAAACUACCUAAAAGAUAAUGGUGAUUUUAGUAAAGUUUUUAAUGCUUGGUUUACUUUAUUCACAACAAUUGUUUAUACUACUUUUGAAAAUUAUGAACAAUCUAACGGUAUCGUAUUAUCAAUUAGAGGUUGGGGUGCAUCAAUUAGUUUAUGGAACGGAAGUGCAGAACAAGAUAAAGUUCAAUCAAUUAAAGAAUCAUUCCACAAUAUAUUAUCAAUUAAAUAUUCAAAGUACUCAGUACAUAAAGCAGCAAUUCUUUUCAAAAAUAAUAAAAAAGAUGAUAUUAAAACUGGUGGUCAAUUAUAUAAAAAAAAGAGAGAUGAACAUGGUUUCACAAUUAAACCAUACAAUGUAAAUACUCAAUUAUUAGUUCAUCCAGGUUUCUCAGGUGCUUAUGAAAAGCAAUGGUCUGUAGAACAACCACAACAAUCACAACAAUUACAUUUAAAUAAACAACCAAUAAACUCAAAUAAAAUAUCAAUUAAAAAACCAUUAUAUACUGUAAAUACUGAAGAAAGAAAAGAAAUAGUUUUAGAAUCAGAUUUAGCUGAACAACAUCAACAAGAAAAAGAUCAAGUAAAAGAAGCUAUACAGCCAAUUAUUGAAGUACCAACAGGUGUUAAUGCAUGGUCAACUGGUUUAUUAUUAGGUCAAAAACCAGAAAAUAAUAAUAAUAAUAAUGAUAACACAGUUUUAGAGGAAGAAGAAAAAGUAGAAGAAGAAUUAAAGAAGGAAAAUAAAUCAGUUUAUUCUUGGAAUACUCAAAAAAAUACAUCAGAAGAAUCAUCAGCAACUGUCGACUUUGCAUCCAUUGCUUCAAAUAAACCAACUGCUACUAUUAAUAAAAAUGCUGAAGUUCCAUCAGGUGUUAAUGCAUGGUCAACUGGUAAAUUAUUAGUUCCAUCACCAUCAAUAGCUACUGAAAAAAAAUCAAAUUCGAGUGAGAAGUUAAUUGAAGAAAAACAAAUUGUUGAAAAGAAAGAGAAAAAAGAAAAAAAAGAGAAACCAGUUGUUGAAAAGAAAGAACAACCAAUGAAAAGAGUAAAUUCAAAAGAAGUUUUACAAAAAACAGAAGUAGUUUCAUCAUCAGAUUCAUUUUGGGAAGAUCCAGAACCAAUUGCCCCAGCUCCAGUUAAAAAAGUUGAACCAACUCCAACUCCAGCUCCAGUUAAAAAAGUUGAACCAACCCCAGCUCCAGCUAAAAAAGUCGAACAACAACCAAUUGAAACCCAACCAGAAUCAUUCUCCAAAGUUGCUAAAAAAGAUAAAUCAUAUAAAAAUAAAAACCAACCUCAACCAGUAUCAUCAUCAUGGUCAGCUCAAGGUCUUAGUAUUGCUGAAUUAAUUGCUAAACAACCAGAACCAGUUGUUUCCUCAACACCAACACCAUCUGUUGUUGAACAAAUUUCUGCUACCACUACUGUAAAUAUAGUUAAAGUUGAAACUGCACCAUCUGCACCAUCUGCCCCAUCCACCACACCAGAACCAGUUAAAUCAGGUUUACUUCAAAUUAAAGAAGCUAAAAAGGUUGAAGUUUUAGAAGUUGUUAAAUCAGAAACUGAUGAAUGGAAAUCUGUUGAAAAGAAAACAAAAACAGCCAAAAAAAUCUCAAAUGAUAAAGAAAAGAAAGAAAACAUCACUAAUAAUAAAGGACCACAAGAUAACUUAUUAAUUAGAAAUUUAAUAGUUGAAGAACCAUUAGAAUAUUUAUCACCAGUUAAACAACCACAAAAGAAACAAUCUAAGGAGUCAUCUAAAGAACAACCAAAAUCAAAAGAGCAACCAAAGGAACAAUCAAAACCAAAAGAGCAACCAAAAGAAACAAACACAGUUAAAAAGACAUCUAAAAAACAAACAGAAGUUACCAAAACCACCACUUCAAAUAAUAAACCAAAUAAUAAAUCAGUUACCCAAAAUACAAAAGACACUUCAAUAAUAUCACCAUCAUUAAAAAUGAAUUUAAUUGCUGUUUUUGCUGUUUUAGCUUUAGGUUUUAUUCUUAAAUAUUUAUUUGCUUAA